AUUAUGACGAAGAAGAGCAUUCUAAAAUUAAACAUGGCUGCCAGCGAUUCUGCAGAUGAUUCUCUCUAUCCAAUUGCCGUUUUAAUUGAUGAAUUAAGAAAUGAAGAUGUUCAGCUGCGACUGAAUAGUAUAAAGAAGCUUUCAACUAUUGCUUUAGCUCUAGGGGUGGAACGAACCAGAAGCGAACUGAUCCCGUUCCUCACAGACACCAUAUAUGAUGAAGAUGAGGUUCUGUUGGCGUUAGCUGAACAGCUGGGCAAUUUCACUCCUCUGGUCGGAGGGCCAGAUUUUGUGCAUUGUUUGCUGCCACCUCUGGAGAGCUUGGCGACGGUGGAGGAGACAGUGGUGCGUGACAAAGCGGUUGACUCGCUGCGAGCCAUCGCGUCUCAGCACUCGCAGUCAAAUCUAGAAAACCACUUCGUUCCGCUCGUGAAGCGCUUGUCAGGAGGUGAUUGGUUUACGUCUCGAACGUCGGCAUGUGGUCUGUUUUCUGUCUGCUACCAAAGAGUAUCGAACAAUGUCAAAGCAGAACUUCGGCAACACUUCAAGAACCUGUGCAGUGAUGACACGCCCAUGGUGCGCCGAGCCGCGGCAGGCAAGCUGGGAGAGUUCGCUAAGGUCGUCGAGAAGGAUUACCUGAAGUCUGAUCUUAUACCCCUGUUCACAGCACUGGCCCAGGACGAACAGGACUCUGUACGUCUGCUGGCCGUGGAGGCGUGUGUGAGCAUUGCGUCCCUCCUGCCGACCGACGACACCGAGCAGCUGGUGAUGCCGACGCUGCGACAGGCGGCCGAAGACAAGUCGUGGCGCGUCCGGUACAUGGUUGCCGACAAGUUCACAGAUUUACAAAAGGCCGUCGGUCCUGAGAUAACGAAGAACGACCUGGUCCCCGCGUUUCAAAGUCUCCUCAAGGACUGCGAGGCCGAGGUCAGAGCUGCAUCAGCACACAAGGUCAAAGAAUUCUGUCAAAAUCUGACGUCUGACACCCGGGAGACAAUCAUCAUGACGAACAUCCUGCCGUGUGUGAAGGAUCUUGUGUCGGAUGCCAACCAGCAUGUCAAGUCGGCACUAGCCUCUGUCAUCAUGGGUCUGUCGCCCAUUCUCGGCAAGGAGAACACGAUAGAGCACCUUCUGCCCCUGUUCCUGGCCCAGCUGAAGGAUGAGUGCCCCGAGGUCCGUCUAAACAUCAUCUCGAACCUGGACUGCGUCAACGAGGUGAUUGGCAUCACGCAGCUCUCGCAGAGUCUGCUGCCGGCCAUCGUGGAGCUUGCCGAGGACACCAAGUGGAGGGUCCGGCUCGCCAUCAUCGAGUACAUGCCGCUCCUAGCAGGACAGCUGGGUGUGGAGUUCUUCGACGAGAAGCUCAACUCUCUGUGCAUGACGUGGCUCGUAGAUCACGUGUACGCGAUACGAGAAGCUGCCACCCUGAAUCUGAAGAAGUUGGUGGAGAAGUUCGGCUUAGACUGGGCACAGCAGACCGUGGUGCCGAAAGUCCUGCAGAUGGCACGCGACCCCAACUAUCUCCAUCGACUAACCUGUCUGUUCUGUGUUAAUCUGUUAGCCGAGGUGUUCGGGGGGCCACAGACCGUCAAACUGAUGCUUCCCACCAUCACCGGAAUGGGAACAGACGCUGUAGCCAACGUGCGAUUCAAUGUAGCCAAGACUCUACAGAAACUGGGUCCCAUGUUAGACCCCACUGUUAUUCAGAGCCAGAUUAAGCCGUGUUUAGAGAAGUUGAAGAUUGACCAAGACUUAGAUGUCCAGUUUUACGCUUUAGAAGCCCUGCAUGAACUUAAAUUGAGUUAAAGAAAAAGUUUAACAAGGUUCUGACGAGGAGAGACAGAUGUGUACGAGCCACAAUGAAACACGACGUCGCGAGAUUAGGAUUAUUUACAGUUGUGUCGUUAGAAGAGUCAACAUUAUUUUUGUGUUUGUUACCACUGGACAUCGCUAACACUAGAGUUUCGUGUCGCUGCCCAUCCAUGGACGUCUUUAAUCUCUCUGUUUUACCGGCGCAUUUCUACAUUUCCAUACCAAUCGCAGUCUGCUAAAUAUGUCGUAAUAUUCAGUGUGACGUUUUUGCUUUUUAAUUUUUGGGCAAGACGUCGUUAGAAUGAAAGUAAAUCUUUACUUUAGGUGUGAUUUGUUCGUUCAGAUUUACGUAAACACUUCAGAAAAGACAUUGCAUUCUCUCUUUAAAGGGGCUGUCCUGAGUUUGCAGCCAUUUCUAAACGUUUUCCGCUAAUAAAAUAUUUUUAAAAUAAAAUUAUGAUUUAUUUAAUUUUCCUGCUCAGAAUAUGAAUAUUUUGUUAUAAACCAUACAUUUCUGGACAUUGUAAUGUUUUGUGGGACCUGAACAUCAGUUCCGAUUUAAAAUAGUUUAGUACAUACAAAUGUAUUACUUAUUCCAAUAGCCAAACGAAAUUUGAAAUGAUUCGGCUGAAGGUCAUUUCAGAUGUAUUUAUUCGUAUAGCGCUUUAUAUUUAAAACAUGUUGAAUUAAGACAGUGUUUUAAAAACUGGAAACAGCAGGAUGUGUGUUUAUUUUGUUGGGUGGAGGGGGAGGGAACGAACGGAAGUCUUGCUAGGGCUGAGAAAGCCGGGAUAGUCCCUUUACAGGAUAUCGAAGAGCGACGUCUUAUAGGAAGAAAAAUAAUGAAAACUAAUGCGGAUGAAUAUCGUGAAUAAUUUAAUGUUAAAAAUACAGCCGAGACUGCAACCUUGCCAGUGGAGAAUAGUCUUGGCUUAUUUUCAGCACAAACCUGUGAAAUCCUAAUUUCUCAAGACGUAAAUCCACGAUGUAUACACAAAAGAUUAGAGGUACGUUCUCACAGUUGCAUCUGGCCUGCUUGACUAUUAUUACAUGCGUCUGCCAUGAAUCGUCACAAAUAAACCGAUCGCCAUAACUCUUCACAAUUAAAUCGGGAAUAUCAAAAUUGUGAUGUGUUGCCACUAGGUGUAAACAGUGCUUUCCCUUGAAAUUCCUUUACCUAAAAAAUAUUCAUUGUCUUAUCGGUGAAAAUAGCAGCCAAUUCUUUAUCACUGAUUGGAUUUGACAAGAAUACACAUUUUAAAAAUAGCAGUAAAUAAAGUGAUUUUGAUGGGGGGGGGGGGGGGGGGGGGGGGUUGGUUGGUGGACAUGUAAUUCCAGCUAUAAUCUUUACAUUUCGCAAGGAUGGAAAAUAAAUAGUUAUAUUUUGUCCUUGUGCAACUGUUAGACUGUCUCUUCAAUGCAGAAUACAAUCGGUCAAUACUAGGCUACUAAGAAUGUCUAAAAGUUUGGAUAAGAAUAUUUUAUGCCCAUUAUUUAGAAAUUCUUCAUGUUAAACAAGGUGUAUGACAUAAUUAAUAUCUUUUAUAAAGAACCAUGAAAUUUGUCUUCUCGAAUGUGUGGCAUAUAUGUAUCAGAAUAUUCAUCUGGCAUGUUUGCAGACUGUUGCUUAUAUUUCAUUAGCCAUUAGAUUUGUUGGUUUACGUCUUAUUGUUUUAUUAGUAUACAGUUAAACCCUGUUAUACACAAUGCCAACGUCGGGAGCCAAGCGAUUCUGGUAUGUUUUGACGGUACGUGUAGAAGGAAUUCUUGGUGAUCUCUGACACAAAGUUAUUUUAAAUAUAAAAAGUCUUUUAAUGUUUGUUCACAAGUAUUAUUAUGUAAACCUGCACAGGAAGUUGUAAACCCUUUUCAUUAUUCUAGUUAAUUCUAACUAGAAUAACUGAAUCUCAUUAGGUCCAACAGAUAUUACAUGGCGUGGGGAAAAAAUUAUGUUUCAGUAUCCAUCAACUGCUAUAUAAAUAUUGAAUUAAAUUGUAGAUCAAAGUGAAUCUUAUUUGUAUUAUUGUGUUAAAAUUAACAAGAAAUAAAAAAGACAAAAACACUAAGCAACAAUAAAAAUUCAGUGCUUCCUUCUUUCCCACCUCGGCCCCUUUACGACUCUACAGGUUUUCAAAUCUACUUAAGGUAACCAACGAAGUGUGUUAUUUUAAAAAAAUUAUAAUAAAUUAAAACUAUCUUGACAUUAUUUUCCCACUCUACAAUAAUUUAGUGUCUUUCCUUAUUCUCCCAGCCAAUGUAUCUUUGGUGCUGGGGAUGUCCAUAAAUCUCCAUUCAUUCUCCCACCCCCAUGUAAACAUUUCUGAUAAAGCCAAUACCCCCCCCUCCCUAAUGUGUACACAGCUUUUCUCGUUAACAGUUGACUUUCCCUGUGAGUAUUGCGACAGAUGAGUGUUAUUAUAGUUGUCUGUCAGAUUUGUAAAAAAAAAAUAAUAAUAAUCCUGUUUGCACAAAACUUGUUGUAUUUAUGUGAUGUAAGAUGAAUGUAACGACUUAAUAAAUGUUUUGUGUCAUUAA